AUGCGCCACGUCCAUCCCCUCCUCCUGGCCCUAGCGCUGCAGGUGGCACGUGCGGAGCAACGCUGGGGUCCAAGCAGAUUCUCCAAUCUGGUGACGUUUGGGGAUAGUUAUACGGACGAUACGCGGUUUGAGUAUUUCUACACCCAUGAUGGGUCGGCGCCUCCGGUGGGGUGGGUGGAGCCUGUCGCCAACGUCUCCUCCUCCGGGGGCUACGUCUGGGGCGAAUACGUCUCCCAGUACGCCAACCUGUCCCACCGAUAUAACUACGCCGUCAGCGGCGCGGCCUGUUCCAACAAGAUCACCCCCCGGCUCGCAACCCUCGGUUCCUCAUCGGCCUUCUACCCCUCCGUCCUGGAAUACCAAGUCCCCGCCUUCACGGCAGACAACAACUACCAUCUCCCAUCGGGCCAGAAAUUCCUGGACAUCCCCGCGGACGAGACCAUCUUCGCACUCUGGAUCGGAACCAACGACCUCGGCGUCAACUCCUUCCUCACAGACUCGCAGGUCACAAACACCACCAUCCCGGACUACAUCGACUGCGUGUAUUCCUCUCUCGAUGGCGUAUACAACACCGGCGCAGCAAAGUACUUCGUCCUCAUGAACCUGGCCCCCUUGCAACUGGCCCCGUUAUACGCCACGUCCGACCACCACGGCGUCGGCCCGAAUGAUUACUGGCCCGACAAACCGAGCAAUAUCACCGAGAUCAGCUAUCGCAUGUGGGAGCAGGUGGCGACCGCCAACGACGUGUAUGAUUACCGGACCCCGUAUGAGUUGUUGGUUGGGAAUAGGUAUCCCGGGGCGAAAUUCGCCGUUAUGGAUACUUUUGCGUUGAUCUCAGAGAUCUAUAACAACCCCUCCGAGUAUCUCGCUGCCCCGGCCAACGUGACUGGCUACGACUACGUCUGCAACAUCAAUGCCACGGUGUGCGAACACCUCCCCAACCUGGAAUCCUACCUGUGGUUCGAUCAGCUGCAUCCGUCCGUGCGCACCCAUCAGAUUAUCGCGAAGGAGUUCGUUAAUGUCGUGCGUGGGGAGAGCCGGUUCGCGACCUAUUGGUCGUAGAGAACCCUCCUUUCGGGUUCUGCACAACCAGUAACACUGGCUUAUUCUGUCACGAGAAACCAUCUCUCUAGAUCCAAUUCGUCUACUGGUACCGAGUUCAGUUGUCUUUCAGAUUGGAUCGAUGGAUCGAUCUAUCGACCGGUUUACCCGGGGCCGUGAACCGGUUACCCGGUUACACUCGGGGUAGAUAUUAGAUUUGACUGUC